AUGAUGUCAUCGGAGGAGGAGGCCGACUCGCACGCGCCCUACUCCGAUAGACUGCUCAAGAAACAGAAACGCGUCAGACAGCGCGUGGACGCCGGCGAGCCGCGCAAUUCCUAUUCGACUCUCGCGACGAACGGACCCGCGCCCGCGCGCGCCUUACACAUGAGUGGCGGACUUUACGGCGCCAUCUUCGAGGGCCGCCAACACUUCGGCCUCUUCGGACCCGGCUACGCGCCGGCGGAAAUGUUGAACGAGCUCCUUGGCCGCGCACCGCGGCAGGACGAUGCCGGCGAAGAGGCCUCAGGUGGUGACAUCGCACACCGGGUGCUGCGCGAUAUCCUGCAAAACCGGAAAAAGGAACUGCUUCGGCUAUCACCGGAUAACAACAACGUGCUCGCCAAUAACAAUAAUGAGCCCAAGGAGAAACGCUCACCGGAGCGGCCAGCUUCACACGAUUCCCGCCCAGAUUUGGACGACGCUCUCCUAGCACUGGAGAACGCAGGCGACUCGCGCACUUCACCGUCUCCCGCGCAACCGAACUCCGAACCUCUAUUAGCUCCUAAAUCCGAACCGGAGGACCGCGAUAGUGACGUUCAGCGUUCCUCGCCGCGACCCGUCGAUGUGAAACGUGCUCGUGUUGAGAACAUAGUGUCGACCAUGCGUUCUAGUCCCGCGCCACAGCAGCCGCAAGUGAACGGCUGUAAAAAGCGGAAGUUGUAUCAUCCACAGCAGCACGACGGCGCCGCGGAGCGCUAUGGCACCAACCACGGCAGCAGUGCACAGACGGUGUCAGACGAUUCCGAGGAUGAAGGUGAGCGACCUAUUCAACAAAAAUUAGUAGAAAAGAAUGCUUUAAAAUCACAAUUAAGGACUAUGCAAGAACAAUUAGCUGAAAUGCAAGAAAAAUAUAUGCAAUUGUGCAAUCGUAUGGGCCAGGAGUCUGAGACUAUAGAUAAUGAUGGUGCGUCUAGUGAUGUAGAACAAACCGAAGACCCUGUGCCAAAAUCGGAGCCUCCUUCGCCCGCGAAAGAAGUGCCUCCCCCUAUACCAAACAGUGUUGCACCAAACAUGCUAACACAAGUGAUGAAUAAGAUGAUGUCUGCAAAGAUUCACGCGCAUGGUGGACCACAUCCUCACCUACCACCUAGCUUUAACGGUGCUCUACCUCUGAUUCCUCAUAUGCCAUCCAACGACCAUAUGCACCCGCCUCAUCCGCACCAACAUCUCAAUAAUGCAGCAGCGAUGUACGCUAUUAAUGUCGGUCAAAAGUUGUUCUUAGAGCAAGAAGCGAGGAUGAAAGAAGCAGCUGAGCAACAGCAAAACAACCAACAACAGAGGCCACAGUCGAAUCAGCACUCUCCACAACAGAGGCAACUCGGACAAACUCCUAAGCCACCUCUAUCCUCAGAGCUCGCUGAUCGCCUUGACGCGCUACGUAGCAAUGCAGGCUCCGUCGGUCCCGUAUCGGGUGCAGAUUUAGAAGGCCUGGCUGAAGUACUUAAAAACGAGAUCUCGGCGUCUUUAACGACACUUAUCGACUCCAUUGUGACGCGAUUCGUCCACCAGCGCCGGAUCAUGGGCAAACAAUCGGAAGCGGCCGCGGCGGCAGCGGAACAACUGAACAAAGAUUUAAUGAGAGCUACGCGGCUUAUCGAGAGGAAAUCGCCGACGCUGAAGCAAGAGAGGUCUUCCGGACAGAUGUCAGGUAAUACACCCGUUCAUCACCCGGGCGCGCCAAACGGUGUCCCAUUCAUGACACACAAUCAGCUGCUGAUGAGCCAGAUGAAUGGCCCCCGAGCGCCCGGCGGUGCGGCCUUCCCGCUGCACGGCGAGGCGAGUGGGCCCGGCCACGGUGCUCACGUGCGGACCCCAACAGGCAUGUUCCAGACGCCGCCGAAACUCGGCCCGCUGUAUGGGCCGAUGAACGGACACUUCGAGCGCGAGCCCAACCCCGAGCAGAACGAGGCGCUCAGUCUCGUCGUCACACCAAAGAAGAAGCGGCAUAAGGUGACGGACACGCGGAUCACACCGCGGACCGUCAGCCGGAUCUUGGGAGAGGGCGUGGGACAGUCGCCGGAGUCGCCGUCGCCGCGGCCGUUUCCUGGCGGGAUGGCGCUACCUACUUCCGUAGCGAUACCAAAUCCAUCGCUGCACGAGAGCCAAGUGUUCUCACCGUACUCCCCGUUCUUCGGCGCGGGUGGCGGUCUCGCGCGAUCGCCGCCUGCUCCCGAGCGGGAUUCUCCUCCGCUGCCUCAUCCGCCGGCGCUGCUACACCCCGCGCUGCUGGCACACCACGCCUCCCCAGACUACCUCCGCCACCACCACGCUCACGGCGCGCACAACGCCGCCGGACCUCACCACCCACAACAUAUGGACGCGCAAGAUCCACACUCCGACUGCAACUCCACGGACCUGCCUUAUGACGGAGUGCAGCCUACUAUAUCCUUUUACAAUACACUAUUAUAUUUUAAAAUUACUAAUCAUUAUUUACAGAUGCGUCCUUUCCAUAUGAUAAAGUUACAAUCAAAGUAA